AUGUAUAUAGAUAGUAAACAAAAUAUGUUGACGGAGAUUUUAGGAGAAGUGCGCACGCUAAAACAGCAAAUCGGCAGACUAACAGAGGAAGUGGUAACCGUAAGAAAUGAAGUGCGUCAGUUAAAAUUAAUUUAUUCUGAGGAAAUUAAAACCAAUUUAGUGCCACCUUUACCCAUAAAAACUGUAAAACAGUUGGAAGAAUUACAUAAACAAAUAGAAGAGAACGUGGAUAUUGUAGCUCAAUUGAAAUACGUUAUUGGUAAAGUGGGUGGCGACAGCUCCAACUCGUUUGUCAGGAAUGCAAUUAAAAAAAUGCUGAGCGAUGAUGUGGCUGCAAAAUUGAGUUGGCGUGGAACGAACAGUAAGCCCAGUAUUCAGGAAUUCAAUAUAACGAAAAUUAUAACAAGUGUCUGCCAUUCAAAAUUUCCGAAAGCUGAUGAUGCAGGUAUAAAUAAGGUAUUACAACAACAUUUUGUUCAUGCUGGUGACCGUCUCAGAAAGAGUGACCGAACCAAAAAGAUUGAUGAAGCCAAGAAAAUUGACGAUUUGGCUGAAAAAUAACUUUAUUUUUUAAUAAUUUUUCUAUUGCAUAAUUAUUUCCAUUAUUCAUAUGUAUGUAUUUAUUUUCAUAAUUGAAUUCAAAUUUAUAAAAAUAACUUUAUUUUUUAAUAAUUUUUCUAUUGCAUAAUUAUUUCCAUUAUUCAUAUGUAUGUAUUUAUUUUCAUAAUUGAAUUCAAAUUU